AACUCGUCCCCCUCCUACAUCCAAUUUUAUCACAAUGAAUGCUGAUCUUGAACAUACAACUUCUACCUCAUAUUCUCCGUUGCCGGAUGCCGACAACCACCGCCAUCCAUCGUCAUCUACACGUCAACGACCCAUCACCCUCUUGUCCGGAAUCUUUCUCUCCAUGCUAUUUUUUUCAUCUUUAAUAGCACUCAUCCUCAACCAACAUAACCAACCACAUCUAGAUGACUCUCGCAACAAAGAGUCAUCGCGUGCAAUACCCGUAUCAAGAGGACCGCCACAAGGGGUGUCGGAGAAGAGUAAUAUCGAGCUAGCAUCCUCCGACGUGGAGGACAUAUACCCUUGGACCAAUGCUAUGCUUUCAUGGCAAAGGACAGGCUUUCAUUUUCAACCUCCAAAAAACUGGAUGAAUGAUCCCAAUGGUCCAUUAUAUCACAUGGGGUGGUACCAUUUCUUCUAUCAAUAUAAUCCGGAUGCGGCUGUUUGGGGGAACAUAUCGUGGGGACAUGCUAUCUCGGAGGACUUGAUUAACUGGUUUCAUCUACCGUUUGCUAUGGUGCCAGAUCAAUGGUAUGAUAUCAACGGCGUUUGGACAGGAUCGGCUACAAUCCUCCCUGAUGGUAGGAUCAUCAUGUUAUACACUGGGGACACUAAUGAGGAAGUGCAGGUCCAAAACUUAGCAUACCCUGCCAACCUAUCUGAUCCCCUCCUCCUGGAUUGGAUCAAGUAUCCUGGUAAUCCAGUUUUGGUCCCUCCACCCGGUAUUGGCACUAAGGACUUUAGGGAUCCCACAACAGCAUGGCUUGGGCCAAAUGGAAAAUGGCGGGUCGCAUUAGGGUCAAAGGUUAAUAAAACGGGCAUAACACUAGUUUACGAAACAACAGAUUUUACAAGCUACGAGUUAUUAGAGAAUUUGAUGCAUGCUGUUCCAGGUACGGGUAUGUGGGAGUGUGUUGACUUUUAUCCCGUGUCAACAACUGAGUCAAACGGGUUGGACACGUCUUUCAAUGGACCUGGUAUUAAGCAUGUGUUGAAAUCAAGCUUGGAUGAUGAUAAACAUGAUUAUUAUGCAUUAGGGACGUAUGACCCGAUUAGUAGCAAAUGGACGCCUGAUGAUCCGGAGUUAGAUGUGGGUAUCGGGUUACGACUGGAUUAUGGAAAGUACUAUGCAUCGAAAACAUUUUAUGACCAAAAUACGCAAAGGCGACUUCUUUGGGGUUGGAUUGGAGAAACAGAUAGUGAAGCUGCUGACAUCUUGAAGGGAUGGUCCUCUGUUCAGACCAUUCCAAGAGAAGUGGUGUUUGACAAAAAGACGGGGACAAAUGUUUUUCAAUGGCCGAUUAAAGAGGUAGAGAAGUUGAGGUCCAAAGUUACGGUAUACGAGAAAGUGUUGCUGGAACCAGGAUCUCUCGUGCCUCUUGACGUAGGCUUGGCUACACAGUUAGAUAUUAUAGCGACAUUUGAAAUGGAUAAGGAAGCAGUGAAGACAUCAGUUGAGGCAGAUGUGGGUUACAAUUGCACCACAAGUGGCGGUGCCUCUUCAAGAGGUGCCUUUGGACCAUUUGGGUUAGUAGUGCUUGCAGAUGAAAAACUUACCGAGCAAACUCCUAUAUAUUUCUAUAUUGCUAAAGGUAGUGAUGGGGUUGCUCAAACUCAUUUUUGUGCCGACCAAUCCAAAUCAUCAAGAGCUCCAGAUGUCACUAAAUUAAUCUACGGAAGCAGUGUUCCUGUGCUACAUGAAGAAAACUUUAGCAUGCGAUUAUUGAUUGAUCAUUCAAUAGUGGAAAGCUUUGGGCAAGGUGGAAGAACGGUUAUAACAUCAAGGGUGUAUCCUACAAAAGCAAUUUACUCGAAAGCAAAGGUGUUUCUGUUUAACAAUGCAACAGGGAUAACCGUAACAGCAAAUGUAAAUGUUUGGAAUAUGGAUUCUGCACAUAUCGACUAUUUUCCAUUCCUCAAUUUGGAACGUUGAAACUACUAGAAUAGAAAGUCAAUAUGUUGUAUUCAUUACCUGUCAUUUUAUUUCAUUUAAUUAUAUUUUUCAUCUACAGCCUAAUAAUCAUUAUUAAUCUUCAAGAAAUGGGCUGAUUUGUGUAAAUUUUGUGUUUGUAAAAUGGGUUGAUUGUCUACUACAAA